CUCAUAACCUAUUUUCUAGGACGUUUUCAAUGGCGAUAAUGUUUCUCUUGUAUCAAUUACUAAGCUUUUUUGAGACAGUACUUCGAAGUAUCAAAGUUAAAAAAUAUACGAUGAGAGAUUUUUAAUUCAAUUUCUUUCAAAUGUAAUAUUAAUAAAAAUAUUUCCAUAGUGUAAUAUUCAAUGUGCAGUAGUUUUGUAAUACUUCUUUUGAUUUAGCCAAAAAACAGAGACAAAUAAUGUCACAAAUAUCGAGACAUAGAAGAUUCAAAAGAGCCACUGUGCUCAUUAAAAGAACACAGUGUUUAGGGAGAUAUCAAAGGAUUAGAGGCUGUAUGUCCUCAUAUGAAAAGUUAAGAAGUAAUAAUAGUUCAUUGGCAAAGGCACUCUCUAAGCAAAAACAAAAAGGACAACUUCUAUUUUCACAAAAUGUUGCUUUAUUAGCAGAAGUUCAAGACUUGAGCUCAGCUUGUAAUAAACGUGAUAAUACAAUUUUAAAAGUAUUACAAAAUGCUAAAGAAAUGCUGAAAAUGUUAGUUACGAUGACUAAAUUUGUAACAAGUACUAUUGCUUCCUGCCAAGAAUUUACAUCUUCCUCUAAUAUGAACAUACGGAUGUCUUGUAAUCCACUUUCUAAAGGAGAUAACAGAAGGCUAUCGUCUAAAUCUCCUACUAGAGGAAUAGUUAAACCGAUGGUAAGUGGGCAUACAAUAACAAAGCCCACUAUUAACUUGAGUCGAGUAAACAUGCAACAUUUUAAUAAUCCAACGACGACCUUGAGUACUAUAGAAGAAGUAUCAACGCCAGUAAUAUUAUCUGAAAAUUCCAAUGUAAAUGAUGAUAAUUCCCCACGUUCUAUUCCCGUUGAUACACAAGCAAGAAAUACUGGUGGUCGUAUCUGUAGAAUGCCAGAAAGAUUGAAUGUUACUUCAUCAAGAGCUAGUGAAGGAGAUGAACGGCGAUUAAGUAAACGAAAAAGUAAAUAUUCUAUGCAGUUAUCCGAGAGACAUUCAAGAUCAAGAUCUAAUAGAUUAUCAGAAUCAAAUAAUACAGAAUGCACAAAUUUAGUAGGAAGUCCUCGUGUUAAAUUGAAUGACGUUUCUAAAUUGUUACAAAAUUGCCAAACUAUUAAUAUUCGAAGGCUGGGUUCAAUUAAAGAUAAAGUCAUUAAUGAAAAUACAGAAAUUAAUGAUUCAACAAAUAAUAUAUCUAAUAAACAAGAUAAGGAUGAUAACGUUAUUUCAGAAACGCAAUUAUCAAUAGAUAUUUCUGAAGGAACUGAUACAGAAGAAAAUAAUGAUGUAUCUAUACAAAAUAGUAGAAGAAACUUUAAAAAUGAACAGCCUAAACUUGAUGUACAAACAAAUAGCAGAGAUAAUCAUAAUGAUGCAUCUACUAUUGAUGAUCCGCUUGAAGGCCCAAGUUGGUUAUUGAACGAUUAUCAAAAACUUUCUUCCUCAACAAAUUCAAAUAUGGAAAGUAAUAAAAUAAAGAAUUUUAAUAAUAAAAGUGACAAUGCACAUGAUUGUACUACAAAAACUUCCAUGCUACAUACAAUGCAAUAUAAUAAUAAUAAUAAUAAUAAUAAUAAUAAUAAUAAUAAUAAUAAUAAUAGUGAUAAUUAUCAAGAAGAUAAUAAAGAGUCUGAUAGUUUAUAUACUAAAAAAAAUAGAUUUAAAUGUCAUACUUCGGAAAAACGAAGCGUUUUAAAUAACUUUCAAGAGAAUAAUCUUGAAGCGGAAGGGGAUGUUACAAUAAAUAAUCAAGGAUUUGUAACACGACAACGUGGAAAUUCUACCGAAACUAUGGAUGAUGAUCUUGACGAAUUUACUUUGAUGUUUAUGCGACGAAAUAUUAAUAAUGUACCUUUUGAUAUAAAUGAUUUACAAUUACCUGUCUUAGAAGAUUCCGUUGUAAAGUCCAUAGUAACAAAAGAACCGGAACCUGAAAUAACGACUACAUUACAGAAAUUAACACAAAAUUGUGAAAUUCCAUCUACCAAUAAUGAUAUUAAAGAUGAUUCAUUAUUUGAUCAACUCACAGUUAAACUGCCUCAGCUUUCAAAUACUACAAUUGAUUGUACAAUACCAAUGAUAGAUAUAUCAUUGGAUACACAUCAACAGAAAAAAUUAAAAAAUAUAAAUAAAUCAUUUGAAGCAGAUAAUUCUGAAAGUAUAACUUUACGGAAGAAAAAAGUUCAAAGUCAGAAUAAAUCUACAAGUGACAAAGAUCCAAGUGCUGUUAAAGUUGUCUUACAAAAACUUAAUGAUUCUGAUGUUAAAUUGCAGGCAGUUCCCUUCGAAGCAACAUUUUUACAGAAUUCUAACUCUUUCUCAAAAAAGAUUCUUUAUUCUCCACCGCUUGAAAAUUCUAGUGAUUCUGAAAGUAGCACAAUGAGUUUAAACAUUGAGAAUAGUUCACCGAGACGUCCUAAAAGACAGAAGGCACCACAAAAUUUGAAGGAACCAAAUUUACGAAAAAAGCUAAGGAGAUUUAAAUGAAUAUAGAAAAAAAAAAAUAUAUAUAUUUAAGAGAAUAUUUAAAGCAAAGUACAUAAUAAGUACAUUGCAAUGUAAAUAAAUAUUCUAUAUAUAGCAGCACAUUUAAUUAGUUUUGUUACAAAUAUGAAUCAACGGUAUCAUGCUCCUAUUUUUUCAAUGAGAUCUGUUAAAACUUACUCUCGCGUGUAAUUUAUGUUAAGCCAAUUAGAUCUAUCCAAUCACUGUGGUAGAAUAGAUACUAUAUUUUAAAGUUUUUUAACCAUAAUUCUUCCAUAAGAUUUUUAAAUUACUUAUACUAAGAUUUUGUACCAAUUUUGACACCUAUUCAUUCCGAAAUUAAUCACACCCGUCGAAAGCGGUCUUAAUAUUAAUAAGCAACAAAUAAAUUUUUGUUUGACUUGAACUAAAUAAAUCUUAAAUGAUAUAAUUUUGUUCACAAAAUAUAUAUGUACAAAUGUCAAUUGAUUUGAAAUAAUUAAAAAUGCAUCUGUGAUGCUAUUAGCUGUGGAGGACCAAGUCCAUAACAUAAUAGUUUGUUAUUUUUCUAAAAGAAAUGACUUUAAAAAAAAAAAGAAAAAAAAAAAAAAAAGAAAAAUGUUUGAAUAUAUUUAAAGAAAGAAAUUAUUAUAAUUACUAUAGGAAUUAACCUGUGGAAAUUAUUUAAUUUUUGAUAAAUGUAUUUAAACAGUUACUGAAAACUACAAUAGCAAUAAAAUUAAAAAAUAAAAAUAUCCUUAUAAGAUUAAAGUCAUAUAUGUCGCUUUUUAUAUGUAUUGAACAUUGAAUCAAAUGAAUAUAAUACAGUAAUUUUUAUAAUUCUUCCACUUUAAUAAAUGUCCAUAUAAAAUAUUGAAACUGUUAGAAAAUAAAUUCUAUGCUUUGAUAAACAAUAGAGAUACUUAAUGUGAAUGUAAAGAAGAUAUUUGCAAAGAACACAUUUAUAGAACUAAUUAAUAUAAGAAUGAAAUAUUCUUAUAACCUGUAAAGAUAUCUUUUAUUUAAUGUGUUCUCUAUAACCUUUUAGUAUAACUUGAUGCAUAAGAAACAUAUCAUACGACUGCAUAAUUUUAUAUAACAAUGAUAUGGCAUCUCGUAUAAAUAAAUAUAUAAGUAAUAUAAAGAUAAAGUUAAUUUGUUAUUAUCAUGCAUAUAAAAACAUAAUUUGUAAAUAUAAUGUGAAUUCAUAAGAUAUACAUUGUUUAAGAAACUACAAGUUUAUUAAUUAUUAACAAUAAACGAGACUUACAACGAUGUAUUUCGCGUUUAGAGAACACCAUAUAUAGAUUACUGUAUAUUUAUUCAGCUGAUGAAGACAGACAGUUUUUCUGAAAGAAAUCUCAUUUUAUUAUAUUUUUAACUUAUCGUAAUAUUGCAGUACUCUUAUUUCACUAUUCAUUCAUUGUAUCAAGAAAUAUCCUAUCAAUUUUUCAAGAUACAUAUGACGGAUUUCAACGACUUUGAUUUCGUGUGUAUAAACACAAAAUAUCGUAUUAGUGACGAUUUAAAAUAGAGAACUACACCUCCAUACUUAAUAUGAACCAUUAUAUUCUGGACAUGCGCGUUAGAUUUUUUUCCUCAUUUUCUAAUCAAAAUUGAUAAUUUCUUUUUUUUUUUUUUCUAAUUCGAAGAUCGCAGUUUAUUAUUAACAAUAAAAGAUUUUUUUAUUUUUUCAUUCGAAAUAAUAUGACAUUUUUCCAAUUUAAAGUUGUAUAUAGUUACCCAUUCCACAGAAUGUUAAAUCUUAAAUCACAUCGACAAACUUCCGGUAAAAUAUUAGAUACAUUAAAAUUUUGAAAAUAUUUCUUAAUAAUUAAAAGUAAAUAAAAUUCGUUUUAUCAAGAUAUAUUGGUCGCGAAUCAAUUUCAAUUGGAAGAACUUUUAAAAUUUUGAUCCAUUCAUUAAUAUUAAUUGAAAAAUUUUCAGAUUUAAGCAUUCCCUAGAGAAACAAAUUUAUGAGCACAUAUUACAUAUAGAAAAAUAUACUUGAAGCAUGUUUCCUUUUUUUUUUCCAUUUUUUUACUUUUUUU